AGCAUUGGAUCAUUCCCACACGUUUUGCACUUUUCCCUCUCCCUCUCUCUUCUCUAAACACUUCUUUUCUUUCUCUCUGAAACUCUUUUUUCUGUUUCUAAGGCCAAAGAAGAACAACACCAUCACCACCUCCACCACCAUCAACACCAAUAACAGCAGCAUAAGAUUUGAAGCUAAUAAACAAUUGAUGGAUGAGUAUUCUGGUAAAAGAGGUGUAGAUGGGAUGGUAUUCCCUAGAAAGGGAAUGAGCCAUGUAUUUAGAGAUACUGCUAAUACUAGAGAUCGAAAUCGUCAAAUUUGUAGCCGAUUGGGUUGCAGUAGCCGAGCCAAUCUUCCCAAAGUUGCUCAAGUCAGAUGUUCUGAAAAAGGUAAAUCUUUGAGGCCUUCAUACCAGUCCUCUUCAAGUAGCAAGGGAGCAAUUGGAAGUUCCUCUAGAACUACUAGUAACCCAGCCAAACGACUUUUAGAACCUAGGAAAACAUUAUCCUCUCAGUUUGAGGCAGAUUCAUCUGAAACUAGUAGUGUACAGGAUGGACCAGAAUUUUCAGAGCUCAUCCCUCCAACAGAAGAAAUUCGGAGAGGGCCUCUAGCUGAAGGGGAAAAUACAGAGUCUAGUAAUGCAAUAUUGAUGGAAGUAGGAAGUUCCAGUGCAGUAUCAAAUACUAGAUCUCAAAGGAAUUUAAAUCAAAGAGCUGGAUUGCGUGGGCAAGAAAUUAAAAGCACUGGUGCAGUGAGACAGGCUGUUUCCAGCAGUUAUGGGUUAAGGAACCUCAAAUGCAACUCUAUAUCUGAUGUCGUCCGAUCUGGUUGUUCAUCAUCAGAUUCAAGCCUUAAUAGAAGGAAGGAUACAAUAAAAAAGGGAAACUGUGAAGGGGGAGAUAGUUCCACUGGUAGGGGGAAGAAUAUCACUGGGUCUUCACUGGAAGGAAGGAAUUUUGGCUCCAGAAAUGGCAUAUCUAUAUCCAACUCAAGAAGAUCUAGAAAUAUUCCUUCUCACCGGAACACCAGCGUGGCAUCAGUAAGAACUCCAAGAUCAAUUAGUGGUCAAGCCAGGGCAAGGUUUUCUAGCCAAGGAAAUGAAAACCCUUUGCCAACCAGUGAGUCCCCUGUUAUUGUACCCCUUUCACCUCAUUCUGGUGAUCUUAAUGCUCCUGGCUUUUCAUAUCAUACUUCUAUGGAGACUCCUUUAAGUGGCUCAAGCUCUUAUGGUAGACCAGGCAAUAGCAGUGAGCAGUUAAGUGGUGUUAUGCCUGUGUCUCCUGCUGAAGAUGACAUCACUCAUUCUCUAAUAAAUAGAGAUAGCUUUGGACAUUACAAUAUGGGUGGUAUUGCAGAGGUAUUAUUGGCACUUGAGAGGAUUGAACAAGAUGCAGAACUAACCCAUGAGCAAAUUCUUUUGUUGGAGACCAACUUAUUCCUCAAUGGAUUAAACUUUUAUGAUCACCACAGAGGCAUGCGGUUGGAUAUUGAUAACAUGUCCUAUGAGGAACUUUUAGCUCUAGAAGAGAGGAUGGGAACUGUGAGCACCGCUUUGCCGGAGGAAGCAUUUGCUGAAUGUCUUAAAAGAAGUAUAUAUCAGUCUGCAUAUACACAUGAGUGUUGUAAUGAGGAUAAGGAUGAUAUCAAAUGCUGCAUUUGCCAGGAGGAAUAUGUUGUUGGAGAUGAAGUUGGGGAUCUGCAAUGUGAACAUAGAUUUCAUGUGGUUUGCAUACAGGAGUGGUUGCGGCAUAAGAACUGGUGCCCUAUUUGUAAAGUCUCGGCAGCAAUGUCCAAUUCAUCUUCACCUCAUUGAUUGCAUUGUUCCUUUCUUUUACUUUUCAUUUUGUACAAAAUACAGAUAUAGAUGCUCUUUACCUCUUCUUAUUGAUCGUAUGUACAUACAUAGCCAAUGUCUUCAUCCAUAAAAACUAAUAACCUUAGCCCCUGGCUUGAUGGACUCUUGAACGUGCUAAUAGUCUCAUCUUUUUUAUUUACUUUUU